AAUGACGGUAGUUCUGCUUCACUCAUAUCGACGCUAGACAGAAAUUUUAUUAACGCUCACUACUACGAAGAGUGUGGGACACACGCAAAAAGGGUACCGGAUAGAAGGAGUGGGGAUGAGACGAAGUUGAAUGUUAUAAAUUUAGAUUACUACCGCGCUAAAGUGUGGCCGUUGGGAAUCAUUUUGUACGGAAUCGAAGAAGGAUUACGCGGAACCCCAGAUCACCAAAAACUGUCAGUUUCUAUGGCGAUAAUCGAACUAUCCACUUGCGUAGUAUUUCAAGAGGUCAAAGCUGAUGAUAUACUGUCACCCAAGAAUGUUAUAUGGUUUGGAACGCGAGGGGAGGAAAUGCCGGCUUUCGGAUUUCAGGAGGGCAAGCAGACAUUGAAACUAACCUCCAUGAUCAACGGAGCACCUGGUCACACAGCGCAUGCGAUAAAUAACUUGAUGAGGGUUCUUGGCGUUCACAUGAUGUCCAACCGCUAUGACAGAGACAACCACAUCACAAUACACUGGAGCCGGGUUGAAAAAGGCAAGGAACACUACCUUGAAAGGGCCCCAGAAGAGUCUUGGCUGUCUCAAAUACCCUAUGAUUUUGACAGCGUCACGCACGCGCCUGCGAACUACGUGUGCAGAUCGUGCGAGUUGGGAGCAACAUCUGUUCAACCGGUGCAGGAUCAUCUAUGGCAGCGGACUAUGUCGAUGGGCCACAAGAAUGUCCUAACAGAGGCCGACAUUCAAACAGUGAAUUUAAUAUACAGCGAACAGUGUUUUAAUCGUAUAGGAAAGAAAGAUUAA